GCCUGUUGGAGCUUCGCGGACACGAAAACUUGUUGCUUCAUCCAGCCAAGCCAGAACUGCUCCCCAUCCCAAAGUUCCAUUAUUCCCUCACCUAUAUUACCGCCCCCCUCCCUUUAAAUCCCCCUUCUCCCUCUCUCUCCCCUUCUUUUGUUCUCCUUUCUUCUCUCCUCCAGGAACAUCCGUCUCUCGCCAUUCCUGUCAUAUUGUGCUUGCCUCUGCUCAUAUCGUUAGGUCCCUCCAAGGCUGUGAGCCGAAGCAACAACAAUGGCGGAACGGAGGAUCUCCUACGCUCCGGACGUCGAGAACGGUGGUGCCCACGACACUGCCAACCUCGACGAGUACGCUGCUCUGAACCGUUACAUUUCCACCGCCCAAGCCAAGCGUCGUGACUCCACUGGUAGUGGUGCCGGGGGUGAGGGAAAGAAGAAGCCAUGGUGGGCUUUCUGGCGCAAGUCUGGUGAUGGUGCUGCUGAGGAUGGCAAGGAGGAGGGGUUCGUUUGCCCUGAAGAAUGGCUCGAGACCGACAUUCGCUCUGGUAUUCGCUCCUCGGAUGUCGAGCCUCGUCGCAAGCGCAGUGGAUGGAACGAACUUGCUGCCGAGAAGACCAACCUUUUCCUCCAGUUCCUUAGUUACUUCCAGGGUCCUAUUCUCUAUGUCAUGGAACUCGCUGUCGCUCUCGCUGCCGGUCUUCAGGACUGGAUUGAUUUCGGUGUCAUCAUUGGUAUUCUUAUGCUCAACGCCUGUGUCGGUUGGUAUCAGGAAAAGCAGGCUGCCGAUGUCGUCGCUUCUCUGAAGGGUGACAUUGCCAUGAGAGCUUCCGUUAUCCGUGAUGGUUCUGAGCAGGAGAUUCUUGCUCGUGAGCUCGUUCCCGGUGAUAUUGUCAUUCUGGAAGAAGGUCACGUCGUCCCCGCUGAUGUCCGCCUGAUCUGUGACUACUCCAAGCCCGAGAUGUUCGAGGCCUACAAGGAGUUCAUCUCCAGCGCCAACGACGAUACUCUCAAGGAGAAGGAGGAUGAGGACGAGGACGAGCUGCACCCCAACCACAUUGGUGUCUCCAUCGUUGCCGUUGACCAGUCCGCCAUCACUGGUGAAUCUCUCGCUGUUGAUAAGUACCUCGGUGAUACUUGCUACUACACCACUGGUUGCAAGCGUGGCAAGGCUUAUGCCAUCGUCACCGCUACUGCCAAGCACUCCUUCGUCGGUCGUACCGCUGCUCUCGUCCAGGGUGCCAACGACACCGGUCACUUCAAGGCUGUCAUGAACAGCAUCGGUACUGCUCUCUUGGUUCUGGUCAUGUUCUGGAUUCUUGCUGCCUGGAUUGGUGGCUUCUUCCGUCACUUGUCUAUUGCCUCCAACACUACCCACGAUGGUGACAGGAACUUGCUCCACUACACCUUGGUUCUUUUCAUCAUUGGUGUCCCCGUCGGUCUUCCCGUUGUCACAACCACCACCCUUGCUGUCGGUGCUGCCUAUCUUGCUGAGCAGAAGGCUAUUGUCCAGAAGCUUACUGCCAUUGAGUCUCUCGCUGGUGUCGACGUUCUCUGCUCUGACAAGACUGGUACUCUUACUGCUAACCAGCUCUCCAUCCGUGAGCCCUACACCGCCGAGGGUGUUGACGUCAACUGGAUGAUGGCUGUUGCUGCCAUUGCCUCCUCCCACAACAUCAAGAACCUCGAUCCCAUUGACAAGGUUACCGUUCUCACUCUCCGUCGUUACCCCAAGGCUCGCGAGAUCCUCUCUCGCCGCUGGAUUACUGAGAAGUACACUCCCUUCGACCCUGUCUCUAAGCGUAUCACCACUGUCUGCACGUGCGAUGGUGUUCGCUACACCUGUGCUAAGGGUGCCCCCAAGGCUAUUCUCAACCUGGCUCAGUGCACUGUGGAGGAGGCUAAGCACUACCGUGACAAGGCCGCUGAGUUCGCUCGCCGUGGUUUCCGUUCUCUCGGUGUCGCUGUCCAGAAGGAGGGUGAGCCCUGGCAAUUGCUCGGCAUGUACCCCAUGUUCGACCCCCCUCGUGAUGAUACCGCCCACACUAUUGCUGAGGCCCAGAACCUCGGUCUCUCCGUCAAGAUGUUGACUGGUGAUGCCAUUGCUAUUGCCAAGGAAACUUGCAAAAUGCUUGCCCUCGGUACCAAGGUCUACAACUCUGAGCGUCUGAUCCACGGUGGUCUUGCCGGCUCCCGCCAGCACGAUCUCGUUGAGAAGGCCGAUGGUUUCGCUGAAGUUUUCCCUGAGCACAAGUACCAGGUCGUUGAGAUGCUCCAGCAGCGUGGUCAUCUGACUGCCAUGACUGGUGACGGUGUUAACGAUGCUCCUUCCCUCAAGAAGGCUGACUGCGGUAUCGCCGUCGAGGGUUCUACCGAAGCCGCCCAGGCCGCUGCUGAUAUCGUCUUCCUUGCCCCUGGUCUCAGCACCAUUGUCGAUGCCAUCAAGCUUGCUCGCCAGAUUUUCCAGCGUAUGAAGGCCUAUAUCCAGUACCGUAUCGCUCUGUGUCUCCACCUUGAGAUCUACCUCGUCACUUCUAUGAUCAUCAUCAACGAGAGCAUCCGCUCCGAUCUCAUUGUGUUCAUUGCUCUCUUCGCUGACUUGGCCACCAUUGCCAUCGCCUACGACAAUGCUCACUUCGAGGCUCGUCCCGUCGAGUGGCAGCUUCCUAAGAUCUGGGUCAUCUCCGUUGUCCUUGGUGUUCUCCUUGCCCUCGCCACAUGGGUUGUCCGUGCCACUCUCUUCCUGCCCAAUGGUGGUAUCAUUCAGAACUACGGUUCUCCCCAGGAAAUUCUCUUCCUCGAGGUCUCUCUUACUGAGAACUGGCUGAUCUUCGUCACCCGCGGUGGAAAGACCUGGCCGUCAUGGCAGCUCGUCGGUGCCAUCGCCGUCGUCGAUCUCAUCGCCACUCUCUUCGCUUGCUUCGGCUGGUUGUCCGGUGCCUUCGCCCAGACUGACCCCUUUGACCAGGCUGGUCCCCACGGCAACACUGGCUCUGGCAAGUUCUCCCGCAACGGUGAUGUCGGUGUUCCCACCAUGAUUGUCAUCUGGGCUUACUCCAUUGGUGUCAUUAUCAUCAUUGCCAUGGUGUACAGCAUCCUCACUGAUAUCCCUGCCCUUGACAACCUUGGCCGCCACACCCGCUCCAAGGCCGACACCAAGAUCGAGAACCUCCUUGGCCAUCUGUCCAAGGUUGCCAUCGAGCACGAGAAGGACGAGAACGGCAAGGAGACCUUCUACCUCACGUCUCGCGCCGAGGUCGCCGAAGACGACGAGUAAACCACUUGAUUUGGUUGUACUAUUUGAUUCCCUGAAGCCAUGGGGCCUACUACUACUCUAUGCUAAUUAAUAUUGUCUAACUCUGGGGAUGUCACUGGCGCUAGCAUACACCAGCGAUGUCCACAUGCUUUUGUUUUUAUCUGUUGCUAUUUUUGCGAAACGUGUUUUUGCGAAAGUACCCAUAGACCAUUUUGCUGCAUAUCGUGACUGUGACCGACCUGUCAAGCUCUAUCCCUAGAGUGAUUGAUACCUUACUUCGCUUCCUAAUUGUAUGUAUGUCAUUAAUAGUGGUAACUUAGUCAAAGACAAUCAAAUCAAGAAUACCAGGUUGUUUAUAUUACUCUAUUCAUCUUGGUAGUUUCAAACAAUAGGAAAUUCACUGCGGACUGUCU